CUUUCUUACUCUUUUCCUUUUCUUCCUCCGCUUUUCUCUCUCGUGUCCCGGUCUUGUUGGCUGGCCAAUGCAGGUUUAGAAAUAGAAAAUUCAGUCUCAGGAAGAAUCUUUGUUUACUCGAUAGAGACGAUCUUGUGUUAGUGUAUAAUUACGAAAGUAUUCUCUUGAGCCGAGGAAGCCUGGAUUGGACUCUCUUCUCUUCUGAUCUGUUACGUUUCGCUUCUCUUAGAAGUCGAACUCGCGGUACUCUUACUUGUUCAAUUGGUUUUUGAGGAAUCGGAGAGAGUUUUUAGAGAUCAAGGGAUUUAAUUUUUUUCCUUGAGGAGGACUUAUGGCUACGCUUAGUGAUAUAGGAGUAUCAGCAGCUAUUAAUAUAUUCACCGCAGUUGCUUUCUUUCUGGCAUUUGCUAUUCUUCGGAUACAACCAGUGAAUGACAGAGUCUAUUUUCCAAAAUGGUAUGUGAAGGGUUUAAGGAGCAGUCCCAUAACUACAGGUGUGGGGAAGGUCAUCAAUAUAGACUUCAGAUCAUAUGUAAGGUUUCUCAACUGGAUGCCUGCAGCAUUACAAAUGCCAGAACCGGAACUUAUUGACCAUGCUGGAUUGGACUCUGCCAUUUACUUGAGGAUUUACUUGAUAGGGCUUAAAAUAUUUGUUCCCGUUGCAUUCCUUGCUUUUACAAUCAUGGUGCCAGUUAAUUGGACAAAUAAUACCUUAGAGCGAUCUAAUUUGACUUACAGCGAUAUAGAUAAACUCUCUAUAUCGAAUAUUCCAUUUGGAUCAAAUAGAUUUUCGACUCACUUGGUUAUGGCAUAUGUGUUUACCUUUUGGACAUGCUAUGUGUUGAAAAGGGAGUAUGAGAUAGUGGCAUCAAUGAGGGUAAAUUUUCUUGCAUCGGAACGACGACGCCCUGAUCAAUUUACAGUACUAGUAAGAAAUGUACCCCCAGAUCCUGAUGAGUCAGUCACUCAGCUUGUGGAACAUUUCUUUCUGGUCAACCAUCCAGAUCACUACCUCACUCAUCAGGUUGUUUACAAUGCCAACAAACUUUCUGAAAUAGUCAAUGAGAAGAAGAAGAUGCAGAACUGGCUCGACUUCUAUAAACUCAAAUACUCAAGAAAUAAAUCUAGAAAGCCCACUCUGCAGACUGGUUUUCUUGGUCUUUGGGGAAAGAGGGUUGAUGCAAUUAAUUUUUAUACAUCUAAGCUUGAGAAAAUAUCAAAAGAAAUAUCCUUGGAGAGAGAAAAGAUCAUGAAUGACCCUAAAGCUAUAAUGCCAGCAGCUUUUGUUUCAUUCAGAACUCGAUGGGGAGCUGCUGUUUGUGCACAGACUCAACAAUCCAGAAAUCCAACUGUGUGGCUGACUGAGGUGGCCCCAGAACCCCGUGAUGUCUAUUGGGACAACUUGGCGAUUCCAUAUGUUUCGCUCGCCAUCAGGAGGCUUGUUGUUGCUGUUGCUUUUUUCUUUAUUACCUUCUUUUUCAUGAUUCCCAUCGCAUUUGUACAGUCACUUGCUAACAUUGAGGGUAUCGAGAAAGCAGUACCAUUCCUAAAACCCAUAAUUGAAGUGAAAUUCAUUAAGUCGUUCAUUCAAGGUUUCCUUCCCGGAAUAGCGUUGAAGAUAUUUCUUAUUUUUCUACCGACAAUAUUGAUGCUAAUGUCCAAAAUUGAAGGGAUCACAAGUGUAUCAGCUCUUGAGAGGAGAUCUGCGACAAAAUAUUAUAUUUUCCUGUUCAUUAAUGUCUUUCUUGGGAGCAUAAUCACUGGAACUGCAUUUCAACAAUUAGAUAAUUUUAUUCACCAAUCUGCAAAUGAUAUUCCAAUAACCAUUGGUGUCUCAAUUCCAAUGAAGGCUACUUUCUUCAUAACUUACAUAAUGGUUGAUGGGUGGGCUGGUGUUGCUGGGGAAAUUCUAAGGUUGAAACCCUUGAUAAUCUAUCACUUGAAGAAUUUCUUCUUGGUGAAGACUGAAAAGGACAGGUCAGAAGCAAUGGAUCCCGGAACCAUCGGCUUCAACACAGGCGAGCCACAGAUACAACUUUAUUUUCUACUUGGCCUUGUAUAUGCUGUGGUGGCCCCAAUCCUACUUCCUUUCAUAAUGGUAUUCUUUGGGCUGGCAUAUGUUGUUUAUCGUCAUCAGAUUAUAAACGUCUACAAUCAGGAGUAUGAGAGUGCUGGUGCUUUCUGGCCUGAUGUCCAUAGACGCAUCAUCACAGCAUUAGUUGUAUCACAACUGCUUUUAAUGGGAUUGUUAAGCACAAAAGAAGCUGCUCAAUCAACACCACUUCUUAUUACACUUCCAGUAUUGACUAUCUGGUUCCAUAGAUUCUGCAAAGGGCGCUAUGAACCUGCUUUUGUCAGACAUCCAUUACAGGAAGCAAUGAUGAAAGAUACACUGGAACAUGCAAGGGAGCCAAACUUUAACCUGAAAGGUUUUCUCCAAAGUGCUUAUAUCCACCCGGUUUUCAGAGGUGGAGACGAUAGUGAUAGUGAUGAAGCUGUUGAAGAGGUCGAACAAGAACCUGAGCUUGUGGCAACAAAACGCCAGUCUCGAAGAUAUACCCCAUUGGGCAGUAAACGAAGUGGUUCUUCGUCACCCACCCUACCCACAACUCAAGAACAUUAGAACUCCUGUGAGAGUUUCUUUUUGACUUAACACAUUCUUGUACAUCUUGGGCUCUUAGGGGAUUUGAGAGCAGUUCCACUUCACUCAUAAGGUAAAUAAGCCAGGUGAUUGGUGCACCGCCUGUCAAUCCUAUGCUUCCUGGAGGCUUGAUGUUACUUACUGUUAACUCUACUACUUGUAGCUUUGGCCUUCUGGUUUCUGUGGGAACAAGACAGACCCAUGGCACAAAUCUAGUAAUUGAAUUAGAUUGGUUUAGUUGUCGUACAGAGACUGUUAAUAUAGUCUUUUCUCAGUUAAUUCCCA